GCAUCGAUGCCUCCUUUUAUAAUAUAUAUAUAUAUAUAAGCCCUUUUAUACCCAUUCGUGUAGGGGUGACUUACAAUUUGUAAUAAUACCGUUUUUAUCAAUGGCUCGCCUUAUCGUUCACAAUGACCCUGCAAUUUUGAACUCUUCCUCUUCUUCUUCCACGUCGUCGUCGUCGACGUCGUCGUCGUCGUCGUCGUCGGUUGAGAGCGAUCAGGCAGGGGCGGCGAUUGCGGUUGACUCGAACCGGAAACGGGCGAAGAGGCCCAGGGAAAGUAGCAAUGGGAACAGCAAGCACCCGGUUUUCCGUGGGGUCCGAAUGAGGGCAUGGGGAAAAUGGGUUUCCGAAAUUCGCGAGCCCCGAAAGAAGAGCAGGAUCUGGCUCGGCACUUUCUCCACCCCUGAAAUGGCCGCACGUGCCCACGACGUCGCCGCUUUAACUAUCAAAGGCAACUCCGCCAUUCUCAAUUUCCCCCAACUUGCCCAUCAAUUCCCUCGCCCCGCUUCCAACUCCCCCCGCGACGUCCAGGCCGCCGCCGCCAAAGCUGCCUCCAUGGAACUCCCCACCCCUCCCCUGCCUACGCCCUCGUCCUCCUCCUCCUCUUCCUCUUCCUCUUCCGGUUUAUGUCCGUCGACGCCGGAGGAAUUGAGCGAAAUCGUGGAGCUUCCAAGCCUGGGGACGAGUUACGAAACAACCGAAUUGGGGAAAGAGUUCGUAUUCGCUGACUCAUUGGAAGGUUGGCUUUAUUCAUACCCAUGGUAUAACAGAGUGAGCAAUGUAGAAGAAGAAGAAGAAGAAGAAGAUUACAGGUUGUUCGGAGACCAGAUUUCAAUGGCGGAUUAUACACACACUUGGAUUCCCACUACCACACCCUUCGAAACAUUCUUGUGGCCACAUUAAACUAAAUCACCCCCACCUCC